AGGAAUGAAAUUAUCAAGAAAAAUAUUUGUUUUCCUCAACAUACCCAGUGGCCCUUCAGACACAUGUUGGGUCAUCUUUCAUUGCAUUUGUGUUGACUAUAACUGUUGGAAGCAAAUGUCUGUAUUUAGCUGCUGAGAAAAUAACUUUUUAGAAUUUGGUCCAACGAGGAGGAGAAAAUUUGAAUUUAAUAGCAAACAUCUCAGAAGGCCUCCCCCUUGGCACGCCUGUCCGGCCUGUGACCAGAUGCUCUUUAAGCAUGUGCUCUGUGUUCCAGGCAAAGAAGCUCAGAAAGGACCUCUGCUUUUUGAUGCCCUCCCUCCGGCCAGCAGUACUGACUCAGGGUCAGGGGGACCUUUGCUUUUUGACGAUCUCCCACCAGCCAGCAGUGGCGAUUCAGGUCCCCUUGACACUUUGAUGUCCCAGACGGUAAAGAGCGAAGGCAAAGGAGCAAAGAGAAAAGCCCCUGAAGAAGAGAAGAAUGGCAGUGAAGAGCUUGUGGAAAAGAAAGUUUGUAAAGCCUCCUCAGCGAUCUUUGGUUUGAAGGGCUAUGUGGCUGAGCGGAAGGGCGAGCGGGAGGAGAUGCAGGACGCCCACGUCAUCCUGAACGACAUCACGGAGGAGUGUAGGCCCCCAUCGUCCCUCAUUACCCGGGUUUCAUAUUUUGCUGUUUUUGAUGGACACGGAGGAAUUCGAGCCUCAAAAUUUGCUGCACAGAAUUUGCAUCAGAAUUUAAUCAGGAAAUUUCCUAAAGGAGAUGUCAUCAGUGUAGAGAAAACCGUGAAGAGAUGCCUUUUGGACACUUUUAAGCAUACUGAUGAAGAGUUCCUUAAACAAGCUUCAAGCCAGAAGCCUGCCUGGAAAGAUGGCUCCACUGCCACGUGUGUUCUGGCCGUAGACAACAUUCUCUAUAUCGCCAACCUCGGAGAUAGUCGGGCAAUCCUGUGUCGUUUUAAUGAGGAGAGUCAAAAGCAUGCAGCCUUAAGCCUCAGCAAGGAACAUAAUCCCACACAGUACGAAGAGCGAAUGAGAAUACAGAAGGCUGGAGGGAACGUCAGGGACGGCCGUGUCUUGGGUGUGCUGGAGGUGUCUCGCUCCAUCGGGGACGGGCAGUAUAAGCGCUGCGGGGUCACCUCCGUGCCGGAUAUCAGGCGCUGCCAGCUGACCCCCAAUGACAGGUUCAUUCUGCUGGCUUGCGACGGCCUCUUCAAGGUCUUCACGCCAGAUGAAGCCGUGAACUUCAUCCUGUCUUGCCUGGAGGAUGAGAAGAUCCAGAGCCGGGAAGGGAAGCCCGCCAUGGACGCCCGCUACGAAGCCGCCUGCAACAGGCUGGCCAGCAAGGCGGUGCAGCGGGGCUCGGCUGACAACGUCACCGUGAUGGUGGUACGGAUAGGGUCCCCGUGAGGCCGGCGGGCCGGAAGCGCGGCAUGGCGUCGAUGUCACAGGUUCAUGUGUGUGCACAUUCUGUGUGUUUCGUGUAAUCCUGUGGGGCUCCCAUGGUUGUAAAUAAAGGUUUCUUUUUUUUUUCC